AUGAAAAAUGAGAGUGUGGACGUAGAACACAGACCUCUAGGUCGAGUUGGUGGUGCGCUCUUCUGCUUUCUGAUCUUCAUAACUUCAUUUUAUGGUGCAAUAUUUCUACUUGGCCCAUGUUUUGCGUUAAUUUAUAUUUGGCCCUGGUUGUACAGAAGAGUUGUUGAUCGGAUUGUUGCGUUUUGGCUAAUUUUUCCCAUUGCCUUGCUCGAAAAGGUCUUUCGUGUCCAGUUUUUUGUCAAAGGCGAUGGGUUCAACUACAUGGAACGAACUGUCAUCAUUCUCAAUCAUCGAACUCGUGUGGAUUGGAUGCUCUUUUGGCCCUGUCUGUUUCACUGUGCCCGAUUGCGAAAGUUGAAGAUCGUUCUAAAGUCCGACUUGAAGUACAUCCCUGGCCCAGGAUGGGCGAUGCAGGCGGCGGGUUUUAUUUUCCUUGACCGAAAGUGGGAAAGAGAUCGACCACAUGUUGAAGAUUUACUUCAUUACUUCAAUGAUCCGGACAUCAACGAGCCACUUAUUUUGCUUAUGUUUCCUGAAGGAACUGACUUGACAGAGAACACGAAGUCAAGGAGUGACAAGUUCGCUGAUAAGCAAGGACUUCCAAAGUACGAUUACGUUCUUCAUCCAAGAACUACUGGGUUCACGCACUUGGUAAAACAGCUGACGGAAGCUAAUGCCAUCGAUUCUAUUCAUGAUAUCACUGUUGGAUAUCCAGCCGGGUUGAUAAGAGAUGAAAACGACCUUAUCGACGGCAAAAUGCCUAAAGAAGUCCAUUUCUCUAUCACGCGUCAUCCGGUCGACACUCUGCCAACAUCGGACCAGGAUCAAAUGUCCACUUGGCUCAACGAAAAAUGGCGAUUGAAAGAAGAGAAACUAAAAAAAUUUUACACAGUCGAUCGAAAAUUCAACGAUACUCGCCAACCGUACUGGGAUAAAAGGACGAUUAGCAUUUGGAUCGCUCUUGUUUUCUGGCCCUCUUUCACUGUUGUUUGCUCUUAUGGCCUCAUUGUGAGCCAUAUGCUCAAGUGGUACGGACUCGGCUCCAUUGUCUUCUAUAUAUUCGCUCUCAGAGCAAACGGGGGUGUAGAAAAGCUAGAGAUGGCCGUUUUCCAAGCUCUUCAUCACAAAAAUCCGAAAGAAGAUUAA